AGGUCUCCCUCGUCCGGUCGUCCCUACCAAUUUCAUUAAUUUAUUGUAAUAAUUCGACGACGACAAGAUCAAGAUCCAAUCAUAGAUAGUCAGACAUUCGGGCAAGGGUGGGGCAAAGGGCACCUCCUAUGCAUGACAGUGCUUUCCUUUUCGACUUUUAAAAGGAAGCAUCUUUGCUUUGUUUCUAUUCCAUUGGGAAAUUCUGUUAGAAUAUAUAGAGAAUCUGCCCGCUUCUCUUUUGGAAUAUCAAACUCUACCUUGAAGGAAUUCAGCUUCUAUCUAUUGGAAAUGCGGGCAGAUUUGGCCUAGCCUCAUUUUCUGCAUAUAACAUAGGAGGACUUUUUUUUUUUUAACUUGUAAAUUAGAAGUACCCAGUUUGACAAUUUGUUAGAUUGUUGUUCUGGUUUAUCAUUUCUGGUUUAAAGCGAAGAAGAAGUUGGGAAUUUUGAUGGGUUUUCUUGUUGAUUCGCAAAAAGGUGUAGGUUUAUGGGGAGGUUGUCUUAGGAGUUUGCUAAGGAGAAAACAGGUUGAUUCUGCACAUGUUAAAGCUAAUGCUCACCAUCAGUUAGCUAAGGAGUUGUCCGUUCCUCACCUUAUUGCAAUCGGUGUUGGCACAACAAUUGGAGCUGGAGUUUAUAUUCUUGUUGGAACAGUUGCUAGAGAGCACUCUGGUCCAGCUCUCUCGAUUUCCUUUCUGAUAGCUGGAAUCGCUGCUGCUCUUUCUGCUUUUUGCUAUGCAGAGCUUGCAUGCCGUUGUCCAUCUGCAGGCAGUGCCUAUCACUAUUCUUAUAUAUGUGUUGGAGAAGGUGUUGCAUGGUUGAUUGGCUGGGCUCUAAUAUUGGAAUACACAAUUGGUGGAUCAGCAGUUGCUCGUGGCAUAUCCCCCAAUCUGGCAUUCUUUUUCGGAGGUCGGGAUAGUCUUCCUAGUUUUCUAGCUCGUCAGUACAUUCCUGGGCUUGAUAUUGUGGUUGACCCAGUUGCUGCAAUUUUAGUAUUUAUUGUUACUGGACUCUUGUGCAUGGGAAUCAAGGAGAGUACCCUAGUACAAGGUAUGGUCACCACUGUGAAUGUCUGUGCUAUGUUUUUUGUCAUAAUAGCUGGUAGUUAUCUGGGUUUCAAGACUGGAUGGGCAGGAUAUGGACUUCCCACUGGGUAUUUUGCCUUUGGAGUAGAUGGGAUGCUUGCAGGUUCUGCAACAGUCUUUUUUGCUUGCCUUGGUUUUGAUUCAGUUGCUAGCACUGCUGAGGAGGUGAAGAAUCCUCAACGAGAUUUGCCUUUGGGCAUAGGCCUUGCACUGUCUAUUUGUUGUACCUUAUACAUGUUGGUUUCGGUAGUUAUUGUGGGGCUGGUACCUUAUCAUGCGAUGAAUCCUGAUACUCCAAUCUCCUCUGCAUUUGCUGAGCAUGGCAUGCAGUGGGCAGCGUACAUAAUAACAGCUGGAGCUGUUAUGGCACUCUGUUCAACAUUGAUGGGCUCGAUUCUUCCUCAGCCACGAAUGUUAAUGGCAAUGGCUAGAGAUGGAUUACUGCCAUCAUUUUUUUCAGAUGUAAAUAAAAAUACACAAGUACCUGUAAAGAGCACUUUGGCAACUGGCAUUGGUGCUGCAAUGUUGGCAUUUUUUAUGGAUGUUGAUCUGUUGGCUGGAAUGGUCAGUGUGGGCACACUUCUUGCUUUCACCAUGGUUGCUAUCUCUGUAUUAAUAUUGAGAUAUGUCCCGCCAGACAUGGUGCCACUUCCAUCCUCACUUCAGGACACAAUUGAUUUUGUCUCAUUGCAGUACGGGGUGAACAGUCAGAAUAUUAAUGUUGAAACGUCUGAUGUUAAUGGUGGUGCUUCAAGUACUUUGCCUUUGCUAGGCAAAAAUAACACAGUAGUUGAUUAUCCUAAAAUUGUAAAACAAGAAGCUCAGCGCAAUUAUGUUCGAAAUGAAGAGAACAGAAGAAAAAUUGCUGGCUCGACCAUAGCAUUCACAUGUAUUGGAGCAUUUCUUCUUACAUAUGCAGCUACAGAUUUGAAUAUUCCUAGGCCUGUUCGCUUUACAUUGUGCGGUGUUGGUGGUGCUCUUCUUCUAUUUGGUCUGAUUGUGCUGACUCUUAUUGAACAAGAUGAUGCAAGACAUAGCUUUGGGCAUUCUGGAGGCUUUAUAUGUCCAUUUGUUCCACUGCUUCCGAUCUUCUGCAUUCUGAUCAACAUAUACCUGCUGAUUAAUCUAGGUGCCGCCACCUGGGCCCGUGUUUCAGUCUGGCUCCUAAUUGGAGUGUUCGUUUAUGCAUUCUAUGGGCGGACUCACAGCUCACUAUUAGAUGCAGUCUAUGUGCCUGCAGCUCAUGCUGAUAAGAUUUAUCGCAGCUCUGGAGAUAGUUUAGCUUAGAAUCCAACUGGUCUCGGUAGCCAGGAUCCCCUUCCAUGUAAUUCUUACAACAGAAUCUCUUUGUUGUACAGUGGCGUUCCCCCAAAACAUCCCCCUACGCCAAUUUUUUUUUUCCACAUUAAUUUUCCUCUUGCCAUGUAUAUAUGUAUAUAUGUAUUAUUGUGGCUGAAAUGUAUAUAUGUACAUAUGUAUAUAUGAGGGUUGAUUUUGGGACCUGUUCAAACAAUGUAAAUAGUUUACAAGUGGAAGAAGAUGUUCUUUUGUUUC